AUUACAAUUUUACGUAAAUACGUAGCUGACUAAUUACAAAAAUACGUAGCUAACUAAUUAUUAGUAAUUAGCUGUAAUGAAACGAACUUAACUUGAAACUUUGUUUUUAUAUUAUAGCAGAACGUUAGAAGAAAAAAUAAGAAAUGUCUGUUCUAUACAUUAUUAUUGUGGCGUAUUUCAUUUGCAUUGAAAUAUCAGCAGAAAAUGAUAGUUCCUUUAAGAAUUACUUGAAUCGGCAAAAGCGUUCAGCUCUUAAAUAUCAAUCAAGCAAAUGGCCUGGUGGGAUUGUACCAUUUCAAUUUAUUCCAGGGAACUUUCGUAACAUGACUGAAAAUGAGACACUUAUUGUCAGUCAAGCAAUGUCACAUAUUCAAAGUCAAACUUGCAUAAAGUUUAUUCAAAGAACAAAUGAGGAAGUUUAUUUAAAAAUUGAAAGAUUAAAUAUACAACCUUGUCUAUCUCCUGUUGGAUAUUACUCUGCUGCAGCUGAUACUAUGAAGUUUGGUGACAGUUGCACUCAGCUACCUAUUUUGAUUCAUGAAUUUUUGCAUGUAUUGGGAUUUGGCCAUGAACACCAAAGAAUUGAUCGUGAUAAAUAUAUAAUGGUAAACAUUUCGAAUGUACAAAGUGGUUUUGUAAAUCAAUUCGAUCUUGAAAAUGCAACUUACUUUGAUACUCAAGACAUUCCGUACGAUAUACAUAGCAUCAUGCAUUAUCAAAACUUUGCUUUUUCGAAAUUUAUCAAUUCAUCAACAAAUAUAGUUGCUUUUGAAAAAGAUUUCAUGACCAUGUAUGCAUUAGCCGAUUACACUUUACCUCUCGGCAAUAAUUACGGUCUGACUCCGAGUGACGUUAAAAGAAUUAGUCUUCAAUAUAACUGUAGUAUACCUUUACAGAGCACAAUGACACCCUCUAUUGAAAUUCCAGUAUCAACUUCUACAAGUCCUCUAUCUACUGCAAUUCUUACACCUAUUACACCUUCAAUUUCAGUAUCAGUGUCAUUGGAAACCAAUGUGUAUCAAAGUUCGACAUUAAAUCCGACGUCAAAAACUCCGACUGCAGCAGUGGCGCCUAAUCACUCUGGAUUUUUGAAACCGAAUGUUUUUAUUUAUUUAAUUUUUCUAAUCAUUUUUAUCUGUUUCUAAUUGUCUGAUGUACCUGCUGAUGUACCUUUGUAAUUGCCCUAAAUUUUUUUGAAUGGCUUAAAUAAAUUUUCAAUAUUUUAA